AUGCAUUCAUUUUUAUUUGUUGGUAAUCAUAAAUCACAACCAUCACAAGAUUAUAGUCGAACAUCGAAUAUUAAUAAUAGAGAUGAUUUUAUUAAACGUGCAGAACAAGAUCGAGAAAAACGAGAACUUAAUCGAAGACAGUUAUAUGCAUCGAUUAAAAUUCAAAGUUUUUAUCGGAGAAUUCGGGCACAAAACGAACUAACACGAUUAGCUCGUGAACGUACAUCAAAAUUAAUAGCUCAACUUCAAUCAGCUUCAUUCAAUGAAGAAAAUCUCAUACAUUUGGCUAAUCUAAUUAAAUUUGGUUUUAAACCAAGUACGGAUGCCAAUCUUAUGAUGUCAUUAAUUGACUCAUGUUGGAAACAUCGUCAAGCAAUUAUUGAUAAACUUUCAAAUAAUAAUAAUAAUUCUUCAUUAAAAAUUGCAAUUGCGAAAUUAUUAAAAUAUACAGUCAGAUGUCUUUCAUAUUUCGAAUCAAUUCGAUUACCAACACGUUUUAUCGAAUGGUUUACUGAUGCAAAAAGUUAUCCAAACGAAAAUUUAUCUUCUCAAAAUGUACAAAUACUAACAAAUUAUUUUCUAAGAAAUAUUAUUCGAAAUGGUUAUUAUACACAAAUGUGUGCUGUAAUUCAAUCGAAAGUUCCAUUAAAUGUUAGUAAAGAAAGUCGUAUACCAGCUAUUGAACCAAUUGUUGAAUUACUUGCUCGACCUAUUGAAUCUCAAUCACUUGAUUCGAUUGUUAGAGAUGAAGCAUUAAUAACUCUUCGAAAUGAAUUAUUUUCUCGAUCGGAUCUACCUGCAUUACCAUUAAUUAUAACUCCAGCACUUAUUCUUCGACCAAAUUUUCCUGCUAUACGUUAUAUUGAAUUAAUUGAUUUUAAUCCAACAUUUCCUAUAGAUUCAUUAUUAUAUCAAAAUUGGAAAUUAUAUCAAUUACAUGCAUUUCUUUUGAUUGUUGAUAGUCGAAUUGAUCAAUUGCCAGCAUCAUUAACAACAAGAAUUGUUGCAAUUAUUCGAUAUUUUAGUAAUGGUUUAAUUACUACGAAUUUUAAUCAUUUACCAAUACAUGAUAAUGAUACAGAAGAUCAAGAUAAAGAUGAACAAAUGGAAAUAGAAAGAGAUGAACCGAAUGGUGAAUUAAUUGAAGAUUGUUUAGCAAUAUUAAAUAAACGUUCAACUACAACUUAUUUAUUUAAAUUAGCUAAUAAACAAAAUCAUAUAUCAACAGAAGAUUAUAAUGAAUAUAUCUCGAAUAUAGCGACUGUUGCUCAUAGUCUAAUAUUUCAUCGACAAGAAUCAAUUCUUCGAUCAAAUUUUUUGAUGAUUUUAAGUACUUCACCUUCCUUUCUUCGACAUUUAUGGUCAGUUUGUUCGACAUUAAAAUAUGAAACAGAUUAUCAUGAACAAGUCCUUCUUCUUUCACAUAUAUCUUGUGCUAGUUCAUUACUUAAAGAUGCUGAUAUUGAUCGUAUUGAAUCAUUACUUGUAACAUUUUGUUCAUUAUAUAGUAUGUCACUUGUACCAUUACAUGAUGAUGAAUUUUUUCGUGGACCACCGGAUACAGCAUUUCGAACAAAAGAAAUAUCGGAUAUGGUUAAAAUCUUACGAGAUGUAUGUAUGGGUAUUGUUAGAUUUAUGUAUCCAGAUAAACAAAUAAGUAAUCAAUCGACUAAUACAGCAAUGAAUGUGAAUGAUGAUGAUGAAUCAACGCCAAAAAUUAAUCGAGCAAAUAGACAAGUAGAAACUGCAAGACAGCGAGCAUCAAAAUUCUCAAUUGUUUUCAAAAUCAUUGUUCAAUUACUUCAACAACUUAGAUCGAGAGAUGUACGAAGACAAUUUUGUCCACCGGAGUAUUGGUUAACAAAUCAAUUUCAAUUACAUCUUGAUAAGACUUAUAUAUUACCAUUUGCUCGUGGCUUAUCUGAUCCUUUACUUUUAUCAUCUGAAACUUAUUUCAAUCGUGAUCGAGCACCGGAUGCAUUUCCCUUUUCUGUUACUGAACUUCGUUUAUUAACUAUUCUUCAACAAAUUCCAUUUGUUAUACCAUUUGAUACACGAGUUCAAGUCCUAAAUCUUUUAAUUCAACAAAAUAAAAGCGAACAACAACAAGGUGCUGAAUUUUUACAGAAUGGUUCAACAAUCAAUGUUCGUAUUCGUCGAGAUUAUAUUUAUGAAGAUGCUUUUGAAAAACUUAGUCCAGAAAAUGAACCUAAUCUUCGACGUAAAAUUCGUGUUAGUUUCAUAAAUGCUGUUGGUCUCGAUGAAGCAGGUGUUGAUGGUGGUGGUUUAUUUCGUGAAUUUAUGAAUGAAUUACUUAAAUCAUCAUUUAAUCCAAUACGUGGCUUAUUUAAAUUAACAAGCGAUGGUUAUCUAUAUCCAAAUCCAAAUAUUGCGUUUAUUGAUGAAAAUUUUGGUCCACAUUAUUAUUUUCUUGGACGGAUAUUAGGAAAAGCAGUUUAUGAGAAAUUUCUUGCUGAAUUACCAUUUGCAACAUUUUUCUUACAAAAAAUUCUUUCACGUUCAUCAGGGAAAGUUGAUAUACAUCAUUUAGCAUCGUUAGAUCCUGAAAUGUAUAAAAAUUUACUAUAUCUAAAAAAUUACGAUGGCAAUGUCGAAGAUUUAGGUUUAGAUUUUACGAUUGUUAAUAGUGAAAUUGGUCAAACACAAGUUAUUGAAUUAAAACCAAAUGGAAGAAAUAUUGCUGUAACUGAUGAAAAUCGAAUUGAAUAUAUUCAUCUUGUUGCUAAUUAUAAAUUAAAUAAACAAAUUACUGAACAAGUCUUUAAAUUUCGUCAAGGUUUAGGUGAUGUUAUUAAUCUUGAAUGGUUAAGAAUGUUUGAUGCAAAUGAAUUAAGAAUAUUGAUAUCAGGUGCACCAGGAGAAAUUGAUGUUAAUGAUUGGAGAAAUCAUUCUCAAUAUCGAGCACCAUAUAAUAAAGAACAUCCGGUUAUACAAGCAUUUUGGAGAUGUGUUCAUGAAUUUCCUGACGAGCAAAAAAGGAAAUUAUUAAAAUUUACUACAAGUUGUUCAAGACCGCCAUUGUUUGGAUUUAAGGAAUUGUAUCCGGAAUUUUGCAUUCAAUCUGCUGGCUCUGAAAUAGAUCGUUUACCAACAUCAAAUACAUGUAUAAAUCUUUUAAAAUUACCUGAAUAUAACGACGAAAAUAUGCUUAAAGAAAAACUUCUAUAUGCUAUUCAAGCAGCUGCUGGAUUUGAAUAUAGUUGA